CCCUAGACGCCGAGUCCCACGGAGGCGUCUCGGCGGGUGGACCCCUGGGCGAGCAGUGGAGCCCCUUGCUGUCUGCGGUCGCUCGCGGAGCUAGCGGGAGUCCGAGACCGCCAGCCCGCCAGCCUUACCGAUCGCCCUGUGGACGAGAGGGGGCGUUCACGCAGUCGGCUCGAGGAAGGCCUGGUACUUUCGUUCUAAAGCUCUCGUUUCCUUGGGGAACAGAACUGUUAGCGCAGCAGGUGCUCUGUCUUUAGUCUUCCCCGGUCCACCCACGGCCCGAAGGGUUUAAAUCUUGGCUCCAGUCUCUGGGGAGAAGUUAUAAUUAUUCAGUAUGUUUCCACUGAGUGAGGAAAACAAGCAUGUGGCCCAGCUGUUGUUUAGUUCUGGUACCUGUCCAAGAUGUAUCUUCAGAUUGUGUGGUGUGGAUCUUCAUGCACCUUACAGACACCCAUCCAAGGAGUUGUUCAAUGAUCUACAGAAAUUUCUAGAAACUGAAAAAGAUGAAUUAAUUGUGGAAGUUCCAAACCCACCAUUGAAGAAAAUUCGUCUUCAAGAAGACGGAAUGGAUAAUUUGAGUGGAAAUGGAGAGGAGGGGAUCUCUGCCCCAGAAGAGGAAAGCAUUGCCUCUGAGCCUUCAAAUCUGAGUGUGUGCAACAUUUGCUUAGGAAUUCUUCAAGAAUUCUGUGAGAAGGAGUUUAUUAUAAAGGUGUGCCAAAAGGUUGAAGCCUCUGGGUUUGAAUUCACCAGUGUGGUUUUAUCGGUUUCCUUCCCGCCACAGCUGUCUGUGAGAGAGCAUGCUGCGUGGUUGCUGGUGAAACAGGAGGUGGGAAAGCAGAGUCUGUCUAUGGGAAGAAACGAUGUGGUUCAGCUGAAAGAAGCCUUCAAAUGGAUAACUCACCCCCUGUUCUCAGAGGAACUUGGAGUUCCCAUUGAUGGGAAGAGCUUGUUUGAAGUGAGUGUGGUCUUUGCUCAUCCAGAAACAGCUGAGGAUUGCCACUUCCUAGGUGAAGUUUGCCCAGAUUGUUUCAAACCAGCCAAAAACAAACAGUCAGUGUUCACCAGAAUGGCCGUUUUGAAAGCUUUGAAUAAGAUAAAAGAAGACGAUUUCCUCGAGCAAUUCCCUUGUCCUCCAAACUCACCAAAGACUGUGUGCACUGUCCUUGGAAUUGAGUGUACUCAUGGUGCUGUUUUUGUUGCUGGCAGAUACAAUAAAUACUCCAGGAAUCUACCACAGACUCCUUGGAUAAUUGAUGGAGAAAGGAAAAUGGAAUCUUCGGUAGAAGAAUUAAUUUCAGAUCAUCUCUUGGCAGUAUUCAAAGCAGAGAGUUUUAAUUUCUCAUCCUCUGGAAGAGAAGAUGUAGAUGUGAGGACUUUAGGAAAUGGAAGGCCCUUCGCGGUGGAGCUGCUCAACCCUCAUAGAGUGCGUUUCACUUCACAAGAAGUCAAGGAGCUCCAGCAGAAAAUUAAUAAGUCAUCUGACAAAAUCCAAGUACGUGACUUGCAGCUUGUCACCAGAGAGGCAAUCGGGUAUAUGAAGGAAGGUGAGGAGGGUAAGACCAAGACCUACAGUGCCUUGAUUUGGACGAAUCAAGUCAUACAGAAGAAAGACAUUGGAUUCCUAAAUGACUUAAAGGACUUAAAGAUUGACCAGAAAACACCUCUCCGGGUCCUUCACCGAAGGCCUUUGGCCGUGAGAACUCGGGCCAUCCACUCUAUGGAGACACGCUACCUGGACGAGCAUCAUUUUCGUCUGUAUUUGAAGACCCAAGCUGGAACCUACAUUAAAGAAUUUGUACACGGAGACUUUGGGAGAACCAAGCCGAAUAUUGGCUCUCUGAUGAACGUGACUGCAGACAUUCUUGAGCUAGAUGUGGAGUCUGUAGAUGUUGACUGGCCACCUGCUUUGGAUGACUAGCUCUCACAUUUCACACAAAGGGUUUUCCUGACAUGAUGUGGACAUACAGGCGGCGUAUCCUGGAAAAUGACUUACCCACCACAACGGUGUCUUUAAAACGACUUGGAUCAUGUUGAUCUGUAUCUGAAGUUCAUUGUAACACCUCAGGAUUUAUAUGUAUGCAUAGUUUGUGUUCUGUUGUUCUGAGUAUGUCUCAUGUUUUCUCAUCCCGUUUCAUGACCAUGACACCAAACUAGGAAUCGACCCCUUUUCCUUCUGUCACUUAGAGAAGUGUGCAGUGGGGACCCUGUUAAGAGGAGCUGUGACUUCUUCCAGCGGAUUUCCUACAGGAGACACAGUACCUUUGCAGGGAUUGCUAACGUUUUCAGAUCAUCUGAAUAAACGCUACAACCAGACUCUUGUAGUCGAGUGUGCUGUGGUAGUCUAAUGUGUCAAGUGCACAUCUGAUAGUAUUAUUUUCCCCAGGUCCCCUCAAGCUGUUAUCAGUGGAAGUGCUUUCAAGUGUGAUUUGUCAAAAGUCCUAAUGACCUCAAGUUACUAUUUUGACAAUCUAAAGUUAGCAGUACUUGUCUCCUGUAGAAGGCAGUAACAAUGCUGGAGGUGUAACUCUAGAGCCUUGGUUCUCAACCUGUGGGUCAAGACCCCCAUAAGGAAUGCAUAUCAAAUAUCCUGCAAAUCAGAUAUUGACAUUACGGUUCAUAACAGUAGCAAAUUACAGUGAUGAAGUAGCAAUGUAAUAAUGUUAUGGUUGGGGUCCCCACAACUUGAGGCACUGUAUUAAAGGGUCACAGCAUUAGGGAGCUUGAGAACUGCUAGCCUAGACACUUUCCUACAUCCUUUAAGUGAAACAAGUGCCUUCAAUAACUUCUGUUUCUGGGUCACAAGUUCACAAAUUUGAGGUUGCUAAACAAAUACAAACACAUUUUACAGUGUUUCAACUAUUUUCUAACUUCAAACAUUUUAAUAAGGUAUAGCUAACAUUAUAUCAUUUCAUAAACAAGGAAACAAAGUUAAAUGACGCCUAAGAUAUCAGUCACUCCUGUUAACCAGGUCUGGAACUGGAGUGUGUCUCCAGGCUCCUUUCUAUAAACUCUGGUCGUGAGCACCUGUUGCUCCUGUGUGUGACGGUGCCCUCAAGGAUGUCAAUCAGAUGCACAAUGCCAGGAGAUUGCCUUCUGGAAUUUGGAUAGCAAAUAGCUCCCCAAGAAAUGGCUAAUGUAUGUCUUAUAUGACUUUGUAUAAUUAUUUGUAAUAAAUGGCAUGAUGAAGAAGAGAAAUCUUAAACAUAUUGAACCAGAAGAAGAUGAAUUAAUUAUUAAAAAUUCCAGAAGGAAAGCUCAAUAAAAUUUAGAUUUAAGUGUAA